AUGAGGUUACCCAUCGCAAUUUUUGCCUACGUUGUCAGCUUAGUCCUCGGUGCCAAAGAGGAGGAGAAGGUCUCCGGCCCAGUUGUCGGUAUUGAUCUCGGUACCACCUACUCAUGCGUCGGCAUCUACAAGAACGGCCGUGUCGAGAUCAUCCCCAACGAUCAGGGAAAUCGAAUUACCCCUUCUUACGUCGCCUUUACUGAUGAGGAACGUCUCGUUGGAGAAGCCGCAAAGAACUACGUCGCCAUUGACCCGCAAAAUACCGUGUUUGAUGUCAAGCGACUCAUCGGUCGUCGCUAUUCUGAUAAGACCGUUCAACGCGAUAAGAAACUGUUGCCUUUCAACAUCAUCGAAAAGGGCGGCAAGCCUAUGAUUGAGAUCGCCGUCAAGGGCCAGAAGAAGGCUCUCACUCCUGAGGAGAUCUCCGCCAUGGUGCUGACGAAGAUGAAGGAAGUUGCUGAGAAUUACCUCGGUACUGAAGUGAAGAAUGCAGUGAUCACAGUCCCGGCCUACUUCAACGAUGGUCAGCGUCAAGCUACUAAAGAUGCCGGCACCAUUGCUGGUCUCAAUGUCAUGAGAAUUAUCAACGAGCCCACAGCUGCUGCCAUCGCAUAUGGGCUUGACAAGAAGUCUGAGAAGAACAUCCUUGUGUAUGAUCUUGGCGGCGGUACCUUCGAUGUCUCCCUGUUGACCAUUGAUAAUGGUGUGUUUGAAGUCGUCGCCACUUCUGGUGAUACUCACUUGGGUGGCGAGGAUUUCGAUCAGCGUGUCAUGGACCAUUUCAUCAAGAUCUUCCUCAAGAAACAUAAGAAGGACCUCCGCUCCGACAAACGGUCUCUGGCCAAACUCCGCAGGGAGGUAGAAAAGGCGAAGAGAGCUUUGUCAUCUACUCAUCAAGCUCGUAUCGAGAUCGAAGGCAUCAUAGACGGUAUUGAUUUCUCUGAGACCCUCUCCAGAGCUCGCUUUGAAGAAUUGAACGCUGAUCUGUUCAAGAAUACUCUCACUCCGGUGAAGACAGUCUUGGACGAUUCUGGCUUGAGCAAGAGUCAAAUAGAUGAGGUUGUGCUAGUCGGUGGUUCCACUCGAAUUCCCAAGAUUCAGUCUCUGAUCAAAGACUUCUUCGGUGGAAAGGAGCCCAACCGUGGUAUCAACCCUGACGAGGCCGUGGCCUAUGGUGCUGCCGUCCAGGGUGGUAUCUUGAAGGGUGAGGGCGGCCAAGAUCUUCUAUUGUUGGAUGUCACUCCUCUAUCCCUCGGUAUCGAGACUGUCGGAGGCGUUAUGACGAAGAUCAUCAACCGUAACACUGUCAUCCCCACGAAGAAGUCCCAGGUCUUCUCGACCUAUCAGGACAACCAACCCGCCGUUAACAUUCGGGUCUUCGAGGGAGAGCGUCCUAUGACCAAGGACAAUCACGAACUGGGAAACUUCGAGCUCUCUGGCAUUCCUCCUGCCCCUAGGGGUCAACCUCAGAUCGAGGUCACUUUUGAGAUCGAUGCUAAUGGCAUCAUGAAUGUUCAAGCUGUUGAUAAGGGAACCGGUAAAAAAGAGCAUGUCACCAUCACUAACGAUAAGGGCCGUUUGUCCGAGGACCAGAUUGAGCAGAUGAUUCGUGAUGCCGAGAAGUACGCUGAUGAGGAUAAGAAGACUAAGGAGAGGCUCGACGCGAAGAACGCCUAUGAUAACUACCUACACUCGAUGCGCAGUGCCAUCGAGGGCAGUGGUGGCCAACCUGGUCUCGGUGAGAAGAUGGACGAGGAGGAGAAGGAGCGAGUCCUCGAGGCUGUCAAGGACGGUGAGGAUUGGAUCUCUGUUAACGGCGAGAGCGCUGAUGCUGAUGAGAUCAAGGCCCAACAGAAAGAGACCGAAGGUGUAUGUGCUCCUAUUAUCAGUAAGUAUUACCAAGCUGGCGGUGGUGGCGAGGAUAUGGACGACGAGGAAGAGGACGAUGCUCCCGAUGAGUUGUGAGUCUUUUCUGUCCCUCAUUUAGGAAGA